GGGAGAGUAUGGUCAAAUUAAAUACUAUAAAUUAUAAUAGUAUUUUACUGAAUAUGCAUAUACAAUAUCGUUUAAUUUGAUAACACAUUUUUAUUUAUGAUUUAAUGUAAACAUUCCAGUAAUAGACAAUAUUCAACUCAUAAACCGAUAACAAGCUUUAUAUACCAAAAAGAUAGUGCAAAUAUGAGUAUAUUUGGAACUAGGAGGAUGAUGCCAGAACUUUAAGUGAUACCAUGGUACAAUAUCUGAUUGGCAGUUGAUUUCUGAAUAAUAUAAGGUGGAGGUUUGAUUGAAGGAGGAUUUCUUAUUACUAUUCUUAGGAGAUAAAUAUGAUAUCCAAAAAUUCGAGAGAUGUGAUUAAAUUAUAUAAAGAUAUAAUUACAUAUGGAAAAACUUUGAAACUAACUGAUCAAAAAUAUUUUUUGAAACGUGUUAGAUCCGAAUUCAGAAAGAACUCUAAUCUGACCUCUGAAGAAGAAAUUGAAUUUCAUACCAACAGAGGUAAAGAGUUGUUGAAACAGAAAAGAGUAGUAUGAUAACAUUAGUGAGAACAAUUUCGACUAGAUCCGUGCUAUACGUUAAGGAAACAGUAGACAGAAGUAGAGUGCCAACUAUAAACGAUGAAGACUUGGAGGAAAUGUUCGUUAAGGGCCACGGGCCGGGUGGUUCAGCUGUAAACACCACUUCUAAUUGUGUUGUCCUCAAGCAUAUACCAACCGGAAUAGUCAUUAAGUGCCACAGUUCUAGAUGGCUAGACGUCAAUAGGAAAACUGCCCGAGAAUUACUCAUAACAAAACUGGACAACAUGAUCAAUGGUAGCAUGAGCGUAGAGAACCAAAUGAAGUCGUUAGAGGAAAAGAAGCACUCCAGUAGCGAAAGGAAAAAGAGAAAAUUGAGAGAACUCAAGGAAAAAUGGAAGGAGAGGGAGAAAUUGAAAUAAAAAAUCUAGUCAGAGUAUUUUGUAUAAAUAAAUUUUUUUAUUCAAAACUUUCCUUUUAUUAUGUAUAUAUUUUUUUCCAAUUUUAAAUUAUUUUUUUUAAUAUGGUGUUGUUUAAGUAAUUGUUUUUUUAUAUAUAUAAUAAUAAUAAUAAUAAUCUAUCAGCGUCUGUCAGUGACUAACAAACAACCUGAAACAUGUUUAAUAUUUUUUUUAUAAAAAAAAAAAAGAGGCGGAUUUUAAUACAGAUUUCUUACUGCCAUAAUUAAAAGUAUUAUUUCAUUUCCUACCAAUAUUCUGUUAGAAACUACAGUAAGCAAUAAAUAAAAUUAUAUAAAAAGAACCUGUAUCGAACACAAAUAAGAUAAUAAUAAAUAUACAAUCUAUUGUUUUUACUAAUGAAUAGAAACACAAAAUUAAUGAACCUUAAGUACUAUCUUAAAAUAUACAUGAGGAGCAUACACCUAUCUCUACAAGAGGUAAUACGCUGUACACCCGAAUCACUAGUGCUCUAUAUCUCUAACAACAACCGUGUAUUGUCUCAGCUCUUUUAAAUAUUAUAACCACAUAUUCUCCAAUGCCUCUUUUAAUUUUUUUUUUUCUUGAUACAAUACUUAGAUAAGUUUGACAAUUUUUUUUCCUCAUCAAUUUAUACAAUUCAAGAGUACGGAAUCUUAAUUCAUCAUCAAGAAAAAAAAAAAAAAUUCAACUUACACAAACGCCAUAUUACAGAGAAUGCAAUGAAUAUAAAAUAAUAAUAAUAAUCAUAAUUCAAAUAUAUACAAAGAGAAACAUAUAUCACACACAUCCAUUGCCUCUUGCCGAGAAGAGAGAACGAGGCAGGAGGGCGUGCGUAUGGAAAAUAAGACAGAGAGAAAGAGAAAUGAAAAUAUAAAAACAUAUAACAGUCUUUCCAAUGUUUCGUGGCCCCCCUCGUACAGCUGACUCCAAAUAACAAAUGGUUUAAGUUAAAAUCAUAAAUUGUUUUUACCUUUUUUGUUUUAUCUUCAUGCGAUUGUACAAAAGCUUAGGUAAUAUUAAAAAAAAAAAAAAAAAUCAAGCGAAAUAACUACAGCGAAUACGAAAUAUAUAUAAAUACAUAGAAAGGGAACUGAUUUGAAUCCUGUUUGAAAUGAGAUUAUUUUUUUUUUGUUCUAAUUCAAAAACGAGAACCGUACUGACAGCAAGUUUUAUAUAUUUCUAAUCGUUACACUAAACAAAACAAUUUAUAUUCCAAUUCUAAACUGGAUUGUCGAGAAAGGGUCUUUGAAGGAAUACAAGUUGAUGAAACUUUGAUGAAUGGUUCGGACUUCGGGCGGGCUGUAGCGAAAAAACCGCCCACUAGUUGUACGAAAUUGCC